UUCCCCUGUAUCACACCCCUCUCCUAGCAAGGGCAGAAAACGAAAGUUCUCUUGGUAUAGGUACCUAUCAUAUUAACCGGAAGAAGCAUGGCGAAAUACCCAACCCCCCUUUUCUUUUCUUAAUAAUCGACAUCGAGUACGGCGUUUGGAAAAGAAAAAAAAAUAUGCAUAUUUGGAAUUCGGCAUCGGGUUCAAAGGUCAUCGUCAUGUGUCAUGUUAUGUUAUGUUGGGUUUGGUUUGGUUCCUUGGUCGUUUUUGGAGUUUUUUUUUAUGAGGUAGUAUUUUAUUUAUUUCAUCAUUCCCGUUGUUCUCUCUUCCUAGUCACAUCACGUCCCGACGAUCGAUCGAUUGGUUGGUUGUUUGGUUGUUUGGUUCGCACACGAGAUACGAAUGGCUUACGAAUUACUAUGAUGAGUUUUUUUGGUCGUGUGUUAUUCCCUGUCAUAAUUUUCCUCUUUUUUUCGUCCAGUCACGGAUUUGCUGGUGUUAUUUGUCGGUUUUUCCUUGUGGCGAUUUGCAUGUGGUCGUAUUGUCUACCCCCUAGGAAGCGGUUAUAUAUAAGGUGCCCCCUAUCUUGUAGCUCGGGCAAUAAUCUUAUCGGAGUGUGGAGUUGCGUAUAGGCAUUUUGAGCGAACAAGACAUGGAUCUGUGUACCUUAGGCAGGGAAAAUACCUACACACGAACAACCAAGCCGCUGUCAGUGUUGAGUUACGAAGAGACUCCGUGUUUUUAGUAAUAAGAGGUACGAAUUGCCAACGUGAAAAUAACCUACGAAGAUGUCUAUAUGCGGGCUGAGUCCGAGUUACAA